AUGGUAAGCACACCCCACCCAGCCAGUGCCCCCGCUCACCACCCACAGUCCAGCAAGCCCGUCUCCGUCCUUUCCGGCGUUACCAUCCUCGGCGGUAUCACAGCCUACGCCCGCUUCUCCUCCGUCCCCUCCCUCGUCGGCUCAUUGGGCAUCGGCAGUAUCAUGGCCUUGAGUGGUAUGAGAAUCCGUGACGGUAUGGACUAUGGCCUCGAAACAGCUACCGCGAGCUCCGCCGCGUUGAUGUACCCCACCAUAAGACGGGCCGUCAAGACCAAGGCUCCUGUUCCUGCGACCAUCGCCAUCUUGGCCACCGCUAGUGCCGCCUACUACCUCCGAGAAACAAUCGAGGUCCACGCCCACAAGCCAGCGCACCUGUCAUAA